AUGAAAAACAGAACACAAAGACUAAACACCAGAUUUUAUCAUGGUUCGGCAAACUUAGCCUACAUCCACACUGAGAGCAGAGGUCUUUUAUUAUAUCAACAGAUUACAUUUUACAAUGAUCCAACAACAGCUUUAAAUAAGCUUCCAACUACACCGGAAACUGAAGAGACACAGUUUUGGAGGGAAGGCAAUGAUUCUGAAACCGAUAAGUAUUCUUCUCUGGUGAUGGCAGGACUGUUAAGAUACGGUAAAAGCUAUCGUCUAAGGUGGGUUAAUUACCACAGACCAGAAAUUAGACAUGGGAAUUUCACUUCUGAAGAGGAAGAGACUAUUAUUAAGCUUCAUCAACUUCUGGACAACAAGUGGUCUGCCAUUGCUUCACGCCUACCUGGAAGAACAGAUAAUGAGGUAAAGAACGUGUGGAAUCCUCAUUUAAAGAAGUGGGUUUCAAGAAUGGGUACCGACCCGGUAACAUAUCAUUCAAUGUCGCCCAGGAAAGGGUUUGAUUACGAUGAAUAG